AUGACGAGCGCGUACUUACCCCGCUUGGUGUUGGCCGCUGCAAUCGUUGUAGUGCAUGCGUCAGCCCUUGGUACCUACCCUGGUGUAUCUAUGCCUGACACAGCUGAGCUCGUAGAAUCCGCCCUGGCGCCGUUUAUGGCGUUUGAUGGAGGGAAACUGUACACGUCUCAUCGCCGCCAAGACCAUUCAGCUGUCUGCGGGGCCGUAUCUGCAACAGAUUCACGGUUGAUGUUUCCAGUCACACUUAACGAUCUCGACAGGCUCCACGGAAGGUUGUUCGUCCAGGAUUCUGAGCAGAACACCACUGAGCGUCAGUCCGAAUUGGAUAUGGUGGAAGGAUGCUACGUCCGUUCCGAUGGAGACAACAUGCCGUGUGUGGUGUCAUUAGAGUCUGAUCCAGUCGAUUGCGGAAUGAAUAUCAAGGAUUCCACCGCCUAUUGGGCAUACCGCAGAAGUGCACCAGUGUCUUCAGCCUCCGCUGAGGCGCUUGACGGUGGUGCUGACUCGCUUGUGGAAAAUAUCCUUCGGGUUAGUGAACAGCGUGAGAGGCUGCGUCGGUCAAUCAAGCGAACACAAGAUUCUGCUGCUGCUGGAAAGAUGCUGUGGAGUAUUGUUUCGCGUGGCUGGGCUAAAAAUGCCUUGGCGCAAGAUCAGCAGGCCUUUGCAGAGGCCAUGAGCGCAAGGGGUGCAGCAAUUUUAAGGGGAUCGUACGCGGACGUCAUGGAGAAAUGGGAUAUUGUGAAGCAGUGGAUGAAAGUAUCGGUGGGUGAAACCGACGUGGACGCGCCUGUGUUCACCACCAAGGACGGAUCACUUCUCAAUCCAGAUGUGUACUGCAAUCCCACUAUAUACUUAGACGAUUGGCUGGCAUUUUUCGACCAAGAAAACUACGGAUAUAUCAUUGCUUCCGGCGUUGAUCAGGAGGUUCAGGCAUUUUUGACAGGGUAUAAGAUCUUCGAAAAUAAGACACGCUGGAACGUCAGUCGUAUUGGUCGUCUGCCGUGUGUGGCGGUGUCGUACUUGGUGGCAAUGAUGCUGCUCGAGGACUUUCCAGUCCGACUUGCGUACUGGGACAUGGUGAACGAAACGGGAGCCAAGGACGCCAUAUGGCCGCUGCGACGCUUUGAAAUGCUGGGUGACGCCAAUGGGACGCUUGUACAGAACCGUAAAAACCUUGCCCAAUACUUCGAUAUGAUGUUGAGCUUUAUCACCAAGGUGGACUUUGUAAAUGAAGUUUUCAACGGGAGCAGUGCGAUGGCUGCCUGUGUGGCGCAGGCUAUCCUGCGCGCUCCUGGCACAGAUGGCGCACCACCCCCGAGCUCUAUUUAUCAAUGCAUUUCAGCCUUGCGUGGGUCUACGGGAAAUGGCACUCGUGUCAGCGGUGUUCCAAAAACCAACAGUGAUGUGCUUGGUCUUGAAAAGGACGAUGACUUGACGAAGAUUUCCUGUCCGUGGGGAUACGUUCGCCCAAGUGGGAACUCGUGGAACACUCUGGAAGACUGUGUUAUGUGUCCCCCUGGCUCGUUUGACGAUGGGGAUGGCGGCUGCCGCUGCAGUUCCAGAUCCUUCCCCGGCAUCAAUGGCUGCUUGGCGAAGGAAGGCGGCAUGGCACCUUCACCCUCUUGGGAGUGGCUAGUGGAUCCGUCAGAGGUUCUUUUUGCCAGCGGUGACGCAAAGCCGUUUCUCGUCGUAUCGCAAGGGACUGGUGCAAGCGAAGGGGACAAAGUGGUAGUCAAGAUUCGCUGCACGGAGGGUUUGACGCGCUUUGAAGUAUCGAUGCCGCUAACAGGCAGCAGCAUGCCCAAGUCGGAGCGAUUUGACAUUCCUCUGCAGCGUGUUGUCACUAUAAUGUCAUUGACAAACAUCUCAGUAAGUCUCAGAUCAUCAGCAGCAUUCGGUGGCGAGCAGUGUGAGUUCACCGUAGUGACAAAUAAUCCAAAGUACCAAGUCUUGCAGGCGGUUCGCGCAGGCACAGUUGUUAUCAUGCCCUCUGUGGCGAACCUUCCUGUCGUUGGUCACAGUCAUGUUGAAUCCUCAGCGUCAUCGAUGUCCGAGGCUGGUCUCCCGUUGUGUAACAGCGUUCCAAGGGCCGAGCCCGGAGUCGUCAUGGUGGCUGUUUGUGUCACGACUAAAGAAGAGUUGUUUCUCCUCGUGGACGCCAAGGGGUAUGCGCCACUCACUACAGAAAUGUUCCGCAUUUUCAAGCAGGCUCUUUGGAUGGAUGGGACACGAGCCACGGCCCUUGGCAAGGCGCUGCAGCUUCUGGGGGAGCGAACUCAUCUUGCUGUUCGGGUGAUGGUGAAGCGAGGGAGUACGAUGCAGUCUGCAUUGAAGUUCUUUGACGGUUCGUUUUCCCUCGCAAAAGAUGUCUAUAAGCUCUUCUUGGUCCCCGGCAGUCUCUCGCAAUUGACUGUGGGACUCCAAGUUGUUGACCGUUGUGCUACCGCUGAUUGGACGCAUGAAAUCGACUGCGCGAAGGCGAAGCUUUUCUUUGCACCAGGUCCGGUAUCGACGCGGGUGUUCAAGCUGGCGGGUGGAAAUGACACGGAGGAUCCGGUGGACUCCAGUGAUAAUCAUUCACCCGUGCCCGCUUCAGAAUGGUGGCGGGGUCUGCUUAUUGCGCUGGGCGUCGUUGACGGAGUGCUUGUCACAACAGUAGGAGUGCUGCUGGCCACCUAUUUGCGGCGUACUCUGAAGUUGUCGGAGUGCAGUGCGCGGAGAAGUCUUGCACGUCCCAACGCCGCAGCACUUUCGUCGCCGGCCGUGAUUUCCGGCGAAAGUUCUGCACCUUUCUGA